UCCACAUUUCGUGUGUUAUUUCUUAAAGUCACGGAUGACGUCUCAAUCGAAUUAUAGACAUAACAAUGUGGCCAAAAACACCAAGUGCUUUUAAAAAACUCAAAGAUUAUCAUUGGAAAAAGUUGUUGACAAACCAACAAGAGUUGUCAGGAUGGAGAACGAUGGCUAAUGAAUCCAAUGAAACACCAAAAGGACAUAAUUUAUCAUUACCUGAAAGUAAGCAUGUCGUGAUAUGUGGAGGUGGUGUCAUGGGUGCUGCAGUUGCUUAUCACUUAGCAGCUGCGGGAUUAGGACCACAGACUAUUCUUCUUGAAGGGUCCAGAAUUGGUGAAGGGACAACUUGGCAUUCAUCUGGUUUAGUUGGAGCAUUUAAACCAAGUUUAUUUCAAGUCAAGCUAACACAAGACAGUAUUGCUCUGUACAAAGAUCUUGAAGCAAGAGGUCUUUCAACUGGAUGGAAACAAUGUGGGAGCCUGUCAGUUGCCAGAACUAGAGAUAGGAUGACAUCCUUCAGACGUAUGAAAGCUCAAGCUGUAUCUCGUGACAUCGAAUGCGAGCUGAUAACUCCAGCAGAAGCCCAAAAACUUUGUCCUCUACUCCGAGUCGAUGAUUUAGUAGGCGGUAUCUGGAUCCCCGGUGAUGGUGUCGCUGAUCCUUAUCUUACUUGUUUAACUUUAAUCGAAGAAGCUCAGAAAAACGGAGUAGAAAUUUAUGAAAAUUGUCGUGUAACAAAAGUAUUGAGUAACCAAGGAAAAGUGUCCAAAGUUGAAACCACUCGUGGUAGUAUUAAUUGUGAACACUUUGUCAAUUGCGCUGGAUUUUGGGCUAGAAGUAUUGGGAAAUUAAGUGAUCCUUAUGUUAAGGUGCCAUUACAUCCAGUGGAACAUUACUAUCUACACACAAAAAAAAUACCAGGCUUGGAUCCAAUGACUCCAGUGGUACGAGAUCUAGACGGGUCUGUUUAUUUUCGCGAAAACGGAGGAAGAAUACUAGCCGGUGGCUUUGAAUCAAAUGCCAAGCCAGCAUUCGAAGAUGGGAAAAUACCUGAAAAUAUAUCGGAGAGAAUUUUACCCGAAGAUUGGGACCAUUUUCAUGUUCUGUUGGAGGAAAUGCUCCAGCGUAUUCCCUCGAUGGGAGAUGCUGAAUUAGAACGUCUGUGCAAUUGUCCAGAAGCCUUUUCUCCCGACUGUAAAUGGAUCGUCGGUGAAGCUCCGGAACUUCGAAAUUAUUACGUCGCAGCUGGAAUGAAAACCAUCGGAGUUUCGGCAGCUGGUGGGGUAGGACGAGCCACUGCGGAGCUCAUAAUUAAUGGAUCAACCUCCUUUGACAUGUACGAGCUAGAAGUCUCGCGAUUUUUGGGUCUCCAUAAUAAUCGGACUUUUCUACGUGAUCGAGUUAGAGAGGUACCGAGUACGCAUUACGCGCUUCAGUAUCCUCAUCAUGAAUACAAGACUGGUAGAAAUCUCAGGAUGUCGCCGAUCUAUCCUAAAUUAAAAGAAGCUGGUGCUGUUUUUGGUCAAGUCAUGGGAUAUGAACGCCCUAGUUGGUUUGAGCCAGCUUCUGAAGAUGAUUUUGAUCCAAUUGAUGAGUCUCGCAGAUAUAAAAUCGCUUACACAAAUACUUUCGGAAAACCACCAUGGUUUGAUGCUGUUGCUAAUGAAUAUGCUGCAUGCAGAGAAACAAUUGGUUUAAGUGACUAUUCUUCUUUUACCAAAAUUGAUCUAUGGUCAAGUGGUACAGAGGUUGUGGACUUACUCCAAUAUCUGUGUUCAAAUGACGUAGAUGUGCCAAUAGGAGGUAUUAUUCACACUGGAAUGCAGAAUCACUGCGGUGGAUAUGAAAAUGACUGUAGUUUGGCUCGUAUUUCACACAACCAUUACAUGAUGAUUGCACCGACAAUCCAGCAAACGAGGUGUAAGCAUUGGAUAAGACGUCAUCUUCCAGCAGACGGAUCCGUCGCAGUGUCUGAUGUGACAUCAGCAUAUACUGCGAUUUGCAUAAUGGGAUCUGCGACUCGGCAAUUGCUAGCUGAGCUUACUGAUACCGAUCUUAGUCCUAAAAAUUUUCCAUUUUUUACAUUCAAAGAACUUGACGUAGGUCUGGCGACUGGAAUAAGGACGAUGAAUUUGACACAUACUGGAGAGCUUGGAUAUGUCUUGUACAUUCCUAAUGAGUUUGCUCUUCAUGUAUACACGAGAUUGAUUGAAGCUGGCGAAAAAUACAGAAUGAAACAUGCUGGAUAUUAUGCGACGCGUGCUUUGCGUGUGGAAAAAUUUUAUGCAUUUUGGGGUCAAGAUCUAGAUACCUUUACAACUCCAUUAGAAUGUGGACGUGCUUGGCGUGUUAAAUUUGACAAAGACAUAGAUUUUAUUGGAAGGGAUGCAUUGAUGAAACAACGUGACACCGGAGUUGAGCGCAAAUAUGUUCAAUUAUUAUUAAUUGACCACGAUCCGGAUAUCGAUAUCUGGAGUUGGGGAGGCGAACCGAUAUAUAGAAAUGGACAGUACUGUGGAAUGACAACCACUACCGGUUAUGGAUAUACUUUCAAAAGCCAAGUAUGUCUUGGAUUUAUUCAAAAUAUUGACGACAAAGGUCGCACUCAAGUAGUGACCAAUGAGUACGUGUUAUCAGGUGACUACGAAGUUGACGUUGCAGGUAUAAGAUACCGAGCCAAAUGCCACUUACACAGCCCGAACCUGCCAACUAAAUUCCCUGACAAGGAACGUGAUUCUUAUCACGCUACUCGUGAUCAAGUAACUCGGUAAAUAAUUUUCAAAUCUAAAACCUUCCAAAUAUCUGUACAAAUAAAAACUGUAUAUAAAUUAAUAACUAGUUGUUUGACACUUGCAAUUUUAUUCCAAUUAAAAAAAUAAAAUGUUCUUAAAAAACCA